UUCUAUUGGCUCUCCUUCUCCUAACGUGUCAGUGGAGUCCGGAUGGUGACAACAACCCUGGAUAAAAACCUGCUAAAUAAUAAAAAAAUGAAGCCGUAACAUCCCAGAAAAGAUUUCGUUUUGAAAAAGUGGAGAAACAAUGGAGAAUAUUCAAAGCCUUCCAAUCGACAUACAGACCGGCAAGCUCUUAGACUGGCUGCUGGAUCGGCGUCACUGUAAUCUCAAAUGGCAGACUGCAGUGAAAGAAAUCAGGGAGAAGAUCAAUGCUGCCAUCCAGGACAUGCCAGAGAACGAAGAGAUCAAGCACCUUCUCUCCGGCUCCUACAUUCACUACUUCCACUGCUUGAGGAUAGUGGAGAUACUGAAGGGGACCGAGGCGUCCUCCAAGAACAUCUUCGGGAGGUAUUCAUCUCAGAGGAUGAAGGACUGGCAAGAGAUUAUUUCCCUUUAUGAGACUGAUAAUAUCUAUUUGGCGGAGGCGGCCAGCUUGCUGAGUCGCAACGUGAGCUACGAAGGCCCGGCGCUGAGGAAGCAGCUGGCCAAAGCCCAGCAGCUGCAGCAGGAGCUGUGCAGGCGGGAGGUGGAGUGCCAGACCUCCGCCGCAGACCUGAGGGAGCGCUACUACGCAGCCUGCAAACAGUACGGCAUCACGGGAGAAAACGUGGCCCGCGAGCUGCAGGCUCUGGUCAAAGACCUGCCGGCGGUUCUGGAGGAGGUCGGGAAAGACGCAGAAAAGUUAGAGCAGCAAAUACAACUUUACACUGCUUUCACACACUUUGUGUGCGAUUGGUCCGAGCCGGUUCUGCCGAUGCUGGCGUUUGCCCAGAAAAAAGGAAACCCCACGUUCUUCGAGUGGCGAACGGGGAAAACGCCCACAGUCGUUGAGAGGCCGGUGGUGGUGGAGGAAGCGCCUCCUGAUGCCCUCGCAGAGGAUUCGAUUGACUGGGGAAACUUUGGUGCCAGUGCAGCUGCUCCCGGUGUUAAUGCUGCCAUCAAAGUUGAGGAUGGAAUAGACUGGGGCAUCAGUCUGGAGCCGAGCUUUGAUCAGGACUCCGGUGCCAUCGACUGGGGCGACAGCGAAGCAGCUCCCAUAGACAUUGAAAUUGUGGACGCAGGCUCAGACUGUAACUCAUGCUCAUGCUUAUCACAAGCUCAGCUUUUGCCAUUUUUCUGUUUGCUAAAGCCGCGGGUGUGUCUUCUUCCAGGUCCAGAGGGUGUGGCGAGAGGAGACGAUGCUUUAUCUGUACUGGAGAACCCUCAGUCACGCAACCAGUUCAUUGACGAACUAAUGGAGCUGGAGACGUUCUUAACGCAGCGCGUGAUUGAGAUGGGAGAGGACGGAGACGUGGUGGCGAUGAGCCAGUUCCAGAUGGCCCCCUCCAUCAUCCAACGCCAAACCCGCCAGCAUGUGCAGGAGAUGCUGUCCCAGGUGCUGGACCUCCUGGGUCGCCUCACCUCCCUCCGAAUGCAGCACCUGUUCACCAUCCAGGCGUCGCCGGGGUAUGUUGAACGCGUGUCAGAAUUGCUGAGGCAGAAGCUGAAGCAGGCAGACAUUCUGGUGCUGAAAGGUGCCACGAUGGUCGAGAAAAGACAGGAAGCCCUGAAGGAGCAGUCCAGACUGGAGCCUCGUGUCGACCUGCUGGCGGGACGCACCAGGGAACUCCAGAAAAUGAUUGAAGCCGACAUUUCAAAGCGAUACCACAAAAGGCCGGUCAACCUAAUGGGGGUUAAUAUAUAAUGAACAAUCCCAGAUGUCAAAAUAAAAGUGGUAUUUAUGUUCAA